AUGCCUUCCAACGACGGUGUACCCGGCGCCCGGCCAUUUCGGGUCCUCAUCAUCGGCGGCUCCUACGGGGGUCUCUCCACUGCAUUGACCCUGGUCGAUCUGUCACGAGGUCGAAUUCCUCGCUUUAGCUAUGAUCGGACUAUCGCACCUCCUGCGCAUCGCAUUCCGGUUCAGAUUACGGUGGUAGACGAGAGGGAUGGCUUCUUCCAUCUGAUCGGAUCACCCAAGGCUCUGGCCUGCGAAAAGUUUGCGGGGGAGACAUGGACCCGGUUUCAAGAAAUUCCGGCACUCAAGUCCCCCCAUAUAAACUUCGUUCAGGGCAGCGUCAGCUCAGUCGAUUUUACGACAAAGACAGCGCAGAUCGAUGAGACCUCAACAAAAGCCACACGCAGCGAGACCUAUGACUAUCUCGUUGUGAGCUCCGGACUGCGCCGGACGUUCCCCACCGUCCCUCAAUCCCUGCAACGAAGCGACUUUCUCGCGGAAGCCAGCGACAAUGUCCAAGACAUUCAAAAGGCUAGUGAGGGUGUAGUAGUAGUUGGUGGUGGUGCUGUUGGGGUGGAAAUGGCCGCCGAGCUGAAAAUCCUCUAUCCGCAGCAGAAGAUCACAUUGAUUCACUCUCGAAGUCGACUUCUCUCGUCGGAACCUUUGCCUGAUGACUUCGCGGAACAAGUCGACUCGAUUUUGCGCGAGGUCGGCGUUGAGACUAUCCUGGGUCAGCGAGUCGUCGAAACGACCGCAGCUGACGGAGCGGAUGGCCAGCGAGUGUGGUGUCUGACUCUUAGUGAUGGACGACAGCUUACGACUGGGCAUGUCCUGAAUGCCAUCUCGCGUUGCAUCCCCACAUCAACCUACUUGCCCUCUAAGGCCUUGGACAAAGAAGGAUAUGUCAAGAUUCGUCCUUCGCUUCAAUUCUCAGGCGAGGUGCCCAACGCAGAGCACCACUGGUGCGUGGGAGACCUGGCGGCCUGGCCGGGUAUCAAGCGCUGUGGUGGUGCAAUGCACAUGGGCCAUUACGCGGGCCACAAUCUUUACGAGCACAUGACAACCGCAACUGUUGGCAGCAAGCCGGACUUCAAGGAGCUGAGUCCAUUCCCCAAUGUUAUCGGGCUGGCCUUGGGGAAGAAAGCCGUCUGUUGGACCCCCGACGAAGGGACCAAGCAUGGCGAGGAGCUCAUGGACAGUCUGUUCGGGAAGGACAUGGGCAACAGCAUUUGUCGGAAUUACAUGCAAUUCAGCGAGCCUUGCCCGUCAUGA